AAGGACGUGCUGACUUCCGCCUGGAGCCCCGCCUAUUCCUGUUAGCUCACGCAGCAGCGUUUCAUGUGCUGCUACAGUUAGCUGGUUGCGCCUUGAAAUACUAUCUUUUUACUGUUUCAUUCACACAAAUAGAUAAAAUGGCAGAGUUAAUUCAAAAGAAACUUAAAUUCGAGGUAGAAAAAUACACACAGAUGCAGAAAGAUGUUAGCAAAAGCAUGUCAGCCCGUCAGAAGCUGGAGACUCAGCUGACAGAGAAUAACAUUGUCAAAGAGGAACUGGAUCUUCUGGACAGCACAAACACAGUUUAUAAACUUAUUGGUCCGGUUUUAGUCAAACAAGAUCCCGAUGAGGCCAAAGCCACAGUUUCCAAAAGGCUGGAUUAUAUUAACGGAGAAAUUCAACGGUAUGAGAUGCUUCUGAAAGACCUGGAGAAGAAAUCAGAUCAACAACGAGAACUCUUGGCCAGUUUACAGCAGGAGUUUCAGAAAGCUCAAGGCCUGGCUGUAGGAAAAGCUUGAAUUCAUUUUUGAUGCUGGACACAGACACACACACAGAAGCAAAAGUCAAAUGGAACAUUAACACUGUUUAAACCCAGUUCAUCCGACCGUGUUAGUUCUGUGUAUCAUAUGUCAAUUUAAGUUUAUCAUGUAACAAUAAAUGUUUUCCAUUAAAAGUCACAACUUUACUCUUCAACUUUAA